AUGAACGACUUCGGGGUCCAAUUUCAGCCUGUUCCAAGGGAGAGCCCUAUUCCCCGGAAUGUAGUUGGCUUAAUCGGCGGCUACUAUGGAGAAAACCCGACCUUCGUCCUUUCUUUGAAUGGGGUCGAAAUGGUCAUACAAGCGCCCACAGAUCCAGUCGGGAUUCCGAGUGUUAGCGAAUUCGACAGCGAUCAUCCUUUCUACGAGUGGCUCGUCACGGAGCGCUCCAAGAAGAUUUAUGCUCACUAUCUAGAGAUUGUCCAAGCCCUAUUGGGCAGUUUCAAGUUCGGUGAAACGAAUUGGGCGUAUCUCGUUCAUAGCGGGAAGGGUGGAGUUGGAGGCUAUGAAAUAGUUACAAAGCCACGAAGGCUCCCGAAAGUCACUUGUCCCCCAUGGGCUCCUCUGAUCCACGAGAAUGAGGUCGAAUUUACGGUAUACGGUGUGGCCGGAGAUAGAAGAGGAAUAUGGAAGGGCAAAGAGGUCGAUGUAACUUACGGAUGGAACGAAGAUUGGGUCGAACGUCUCGACACGGCGAUGCAGGGGCACAAGUUCUUGGAGGGGAUGGAUCUCACCUUCGAGGUAUAUGGACACCUCAUCAAUUCCGAGGGAACGAUAAUUGGCAUCGUGACGGAAGCUGGCUGGGGACGCAUGGCGACACUCGGGGAUCGGGCACGAAUAUAUCAAGCUAUUUCCCGAGUACAGCGCCGAGGAGCGCUCUACCGGGCGUGCCUUACAAACCGCUUCAUGAUCGCCAACGGCAAAGUCAGAUUGCUAGACCCGUCUGCUAUCGAGGUAUUUCCUCCAGGCCAACGGAACGAGUUGGAGAGGCUGGCGGAGUACUGGCAUUGGGACGAGCUCGACCGCCUAUUCCACGAAAUACAGACAAUCGGGCCGUUUGGCGACUAUCGUGCGCCGUUUGCACGAUUUACAGCUUCAUACAAGGACCUGGAGUGCCUGCCCGUUCCUCCGUGCCCCGAAAGACCUCUUGGCGGGAUCAUGCUCUAUCCCAACUUUUUCAAAUCAUUUUAUGUGGAACCGUGGCCUGAAUACAGGCAGCAGGAAUCAGAAGGUUCGGAGGGAGCAGUGAUAAAGACGAGUCGGACUCGGUCAAGGGAGCCGCUCUAUAUCGAUCACGACUUGCUUAUCCAGGCCUCCUGGGCAGAAGAUGAAGAUAGACCUGUCAGCUGCGCACGGAUUCAGUCGCGAACUCGCCACAGAAUUGCCUUCCAUCCCUAUCGCCAGCGACAGAAACGUGACGAUUUCAUUGCAGGAUCAGAUACGACUAGCGUUUCUUCGUUCGAGGAACGGCCUCCUCGUUAUGCCAUAAAUUUAAUCUAG